AGUGAACCAAAAUCCGGGCUCCGGGCACUACACACGCAAUUCCACUAAAUCGCACUCUCAGUGAUUUUUUUUGUGAACAAAAUCUGCUGCUACACCAACGAACCAUGAAACGUACUCGCCGACAAAAGUACCUUCAAAUAUCAGUUUUUUUUCUUAUCUAUUCGAUAAUCCACGUGGUUUCGAAUCCAACUAAAGAUGAAGAUGAAAAAACCGCCACCAAAUCGGACCAAGAUACCGCGAGUUCGACCGCAGCCGCUCACAAACUCAAACACUCCACUUCUGAAAAUGGAAAGGAACUUCCUACUCCCUCUACUAGUCCAAAUACGGCCGCACAUGAGCAUUUAUUAGGCAUGAUAAAAGGCCACACUGGACAUGCUUCCGGCAAGGGUUUACAACCUACACCUAAUACCGCAGCGCACGAGCAUAUUAUGAACAUUCUCCAUCAAGGUGCUGGACAUUCGUCUGGAAAAGGUUCCGAACCAAUAACACAAAAUGACAGCACGCAUCAUCAUGUAAUCGACACUGUAGUAGGACAUACGCUUCAUACGAUAGAACACAUGAAUAAAACUGAGAGCAACGAAACUGAAGACGAGUGUACUCCCCCAGCAAUAAAACAGUUUCCACAUCCAAUCAUGGGCCCUUCUACAAGAAAACACGGAGGACUCAUAAUUCACGUUUUAGUUGCAAUGUACAUGUUUCUUGGACUGGCUAUUGUUUGUGAUGAAUAUUUCGUAGCCUCUUUGGACAGAAUAUGUGAAGAACUAAAGAUGUCUCCAGACGUAGCAGGAGCUACUUUUAUGGCCGCAGGAAGUUCUGCCCCCGAAUUAGCGACCGUCAUCAUCGGAGUUUUUCUGGCUAAGGACGACAUCGGAAUAUCUGGGGUGAUCGGCAGUGCUGUGUUCAACAUAAUGUUUGUGAUCGCUUGUUGCGGUCUAUGCUCGAGCGCUGUGGUUUACCUCAAUUGGUGGCCCCUUUGCAGGGACUGCUUCUUCUACGCUGUAUCCAUUUUAGUCAUGCUAGUCGUUAUUUUCGAUAAGAAAAUUUCUUGGAUUGAAUCUCUAGUCAUGAUUUUCACUUAUUUAAUCUAUUGCAUCGUCCUGCACUUCAACACGCCACUGGAAAGGUGGGCUCAAACCUGGCCCGUACCGUUCAAAGUUGUGCCACCAACCGAACAAUCGGGACUGGUGAGCUACAAAACACUAGAAGAUGGGAACAAACAUCAAUCUUAUGGUAUGGAACAACAGCCUCAGACUCAAGGAAAUGGCAUGGAACAAACACAGCAAAUUCAACAACCCGAGUAUGCAGAACAAGGAAUGAAUAACUUUGGAAUGGCAUGGUCUCCAGAAAAAUACCAAGACAGUUUUGCUAAUCAGCUUAGCGGACCCGAUUUGAACCAAGCCACGACAGAUCCCACCCCGUCUGCACCUACCCCGCAACCCUCUAGGCCAAUUCAACCGGAUUAUUACAAACCUAAGGAAUACGACCCUGCUGCCCAUGUUAAUCCGCUAGUUAAACCAGAAGCAGGAGGUAUCUAUACAACUGCAGUGUGGGGCUUAGUGUUUCCAAUACAUUGGUUAUGCAGGAAAACAAUGCCGGAUUGCAGAAGCGAAAAAUAUAGAAACUGGUAUCCAUUUACUUUCUUCGUAUCAAUGGUUUGGAUUUCAUUCUAUUCCUACUUUAUGGUUUGGAUGAUUACAAUUAUAGGUUAUACCAUGGGUAUUCCUGAUACUGUAAUGGGAUUAACGUUUGUAGCAGCAGGUGUUUCUGUACCAGACGCUCUGUCAAGUGUAGCAGUAAUUAAGGAAGGUUAUGGUGAUAUGGCGGUUUCAAAUGCUGUGGGAAGUAAUGUCUUCGACAUAUUGAUAUGUUUGGGUCUUCCAUGGUUUAUAAAGACAGCGAUAAUAAAACCUGGAAGUUCAGUCAAUGUUAUAAGCAAAGGUCUUACAUACUCUACUCUGUCUCUCCUUUCCACGGUGGUAUUCUUAGUCGUGGCCACUCACAUGAACGGGUGGAAAUUGGACAGACGUUUCGGCAUCAUGCUGAUGGUUUGGUACUUGAUUUUCAUAACUUUCGCCAGUAUGUACGAAUUGAACGUGUUCGGUUACAUGAACCCGCCAGAAUGUCCAACUGAUUGGUAAAUCAAAAAAUGUAUGCUUAUGAACGUCUCAUUGUUACCUUGUUAACGGGUGUUAAGUUUUACAACGGUGUUUUUCUCUUUUCUCCCAUUUUCUACACUUAUUGCACAUAAAAAAGGUCAAUAUAUUAAUGUAGAAUCUAAUUAUUUAAAGUUCUAACAGAUUCCAAACUUUCACAAAUAUUAUUCUAAAUACGAAUUAUAAUUUUGUUAAAAAAUAAAAAUAUAGAAAAACAC